GUUUUCCCAAACAACAGCAAAGAAAUUAAGCAGAUCACGCUCACGCCUCUCGUCCCCUCCUGGCCUCCUCCUCCUCCCCUCUGACUUUUGCCACGCUGAAACGCGUAAUAUAUUAUGCCAAUCAUUAACCCUAACAACCGCAAAUUCUACUAAGCACUGCCCAAGUAAUUUACCAUUUCAGCAAAGGGCAAACCGGUCCAUAAACGCCCUAUAAAUUAAAAGCCCUAUAUUUCCAUUCUCCCUCACCCUUUUCUUCUCUCCCAUUCACAUCACACCAAAACAUAAUCAACAACGGUUCAUAUCACACACACAACCCUGUCCAUUCCCUAUUGAUAAUUAACCACACCAUUAAGUGUGUGUUUGUAUAACUGUUGAAUCCAUGUUCAACGGAAAAAACAUACUUUCCAAACCACGAAUCAAGUAACACACUUGUUGCUUAAAAAGAAGCGCUGGUUAAAUCACUUCUUUUCUUAUUCACGGUAAUCCAAAUACACUAUAAAAAUUCUCUCUCGAGAUGAUCACAGGGGAGGAUUUGUACAAGGUGAUGUGCGCGAUGGUGCCACUAUACUUCGCAAUGCUGGUGGCCUACGGCUCAGUCAAGUGGUGCAAGAUGUUCACCCCGGACCAAUGCUCCGGCAUCAACCGCUUCGUGGCGGUGUUCGCAGUUCCGGUGCUCUCCUUCCACUUCAUCUCCAUGAACAACCCUUAUCAGAUGGACGCCAGGUUCAUCGUGGCGGACACGCUCUCGAAGCUCGUUGUGCUUCUAUUUCUGUCCCUCUGGGCAAUUUUCUUCCCCGGAGGCUCUUUGGACUGGCUCAUCACUCUCUUCUCGCUCGCCACCUUGCCCAACACACUUGUCAUGGGUAUCCCGCUGCUCCAAGCCAUGUACGGCGACUUCACGCAAUCGCUUAUGGUGCAACUCGUCGUGCUCCAGUGCAUCAUAUGGUACACUCUACUCCUCUUCUUGUUCGAGUACAGAGCGGCGACGGUUCUGAUCCAACGGCAGUUCCCGGGGCCAACGGCGGCGUCCAUAGCGAAGUUCGAGGUCGACGGCGAUGUGAUAUCGCUCGACGGCCACGACAUGCCGCUGCGGACGGAGUCGGAGACCGACGACCAGGGCCGGAUCCGAGUGCGGAUCCGCCGCUCGGUCUCAUCGGUGCCGGAGACGAACUCCUCUAUCGGCGGCAACACUGCCGUUGUCACGCCGCGGCCGUCCAACCUCUCGAACGCGGACAUAUUCUCGAUCAACACGCCGCUUCACCUGCACGACGGCGGCGGGGACUUUGCCGCCGGCGCCAGUCCCCACCUCUCCGGCUACGCCUCGUCCGACGCGUACUCGCUGCAGCCCACGCCGAGGGCGUCGAACUUCAACGAGAUGGAGGCCAGCACGCCGGUGUGGGGGAGGUCGCCGGUCUCCGCCGGGAGAGGGUGCCAACAGUCAUCGCCGGUGGCCAGAGUGGUGUGGGGGUCGCCGGGGAAAUGCCUGGGAGUUGAGAGACAAGGCUGCAAGGACAUAAUGUCAGAUAAAGAAAUCAGCUUCAGAGACAGCACCAAAGUCUCAAAGCCUGCAGACCCCAAAGACACAGUUGCUAGUAGCCAGAAAAUGCCACAUGCCUUUGUCAUGAUGAGGCUCAUACUCGUCGUAGUAGGAAGAAAACUUUCACGAAACCCUAAUACAUACUCUAGUGUGUUAGGACUUCUUUGGUCUCUAAUCUCUUUCAAAUGGAAUAUGGAAAUGCCUAGUCUUAUCAAAGCAUCCGUCAAAAUCAUCUCAGAUGCGGGCCUUGGGAUGGCUAUGUUUAGCUUAGGGCUUUUCAUGGCCCUUCAGCCUCGUAUCAUAGCCUGCGGUACCAAAAGAGCAGUCAUGGGCAUGGUCAUUCGCUUCAUGUGUGGGCCUCUUGUAAUGUCUGCCUCUUCAAUUUCCAUUGGAUUAAGACAAGAGAGACUACACACUGCCAUUGUACAGGCUGCUCUUCCACAGGGGAUUGUGCCAUUUGUGUUUGCAAGGGAAUAUGGACUGCAUCCUGAUAUUUUGAGCACAGGGGUUAUCUUUGGCAUGUUGAUAUCCUUACCGAUAACUCUCUUAUAUUACAUAUUUCUUGGCUUAUGAAGGGAGAGAAAAAGCUACAACCUCAAAGAAGAAUCAGUGCAUUGAGGAAAAGUAUGAUCGAAACUAUAAUAACCCUACUAGACUAGGUGGGGCAAUAUAUAUAUCGGAAAGCUUCUAUCUUUCCCCAUAAUUCUUUCUGCACCGACCACCAUCAUGUAUGAAAGCUUUCCAUUAUUGUAGACACUGUCUGCGGAGAAGGUUGACUUUGGUAAGGCCAAAACCUUUUUUAAAAAGUCACAAAGUUUUAUGGUGGUACGUAAUACAGGGGUGUGACAGAGAUGACACAAGAGUAGUAGCUAGGAUUUAUUUAGUUCUUGACAUGCCCUGCUACAUAGAUUAGUGGUAGCCGAAAGGGAAAUAAAUAUUAUCAUGACCAAUUAUUAAGGUAGGAAAUAUGCUUUCUUGUUGGAGGUUGGAAAAGCUUGUGGGAACAAAUGUUGACCCCUCGCUCCUCUUCCCAUAAAAAGUUGGAAGGCGACACUUGGCCAAAUUUAUGGCACUCUUAAGGUCGUUUAUGUUUUUGUCUUCUAUGUGUGUCAAACCAAUGAGAAUAUAGUAAUUGAUUGUUUGUGAAA